AUGAAGGUAUCAGUUAAAGAGGUAUAUCCGGUGUUUGCAUGGUCAUGGGAUACUGAUACCGGAUCGAAGGCAUUCUUUCAUAACGAUCCACAACAUAAUGAAAGGCCAGAUUUUAAUAAUGAAACAUAUACAUUCCUAAAAAAUUAUAGAAAUGACGAAGAUGAUGUCUGUGGUAUUUGUCGUGUAAGUUACAAUGGUGUCUGUCCAAAUUGUAAAUUGCCUGGGAGGUCAUGUCCUUUAGUGGUUGGACAAUGUAAUCAUAACUUCCACGUUCAUUGCAUAUAUAGAUGGUUAGAUACAGUGAAUUCGAAGGGUUUAUGCCCGAUGUGUAGACAAGAAUUCACUUUGAAGGAAGAUGUCAUAAUUAACACCAAGCAUUGGGAACACUUUAUGACCCUUUUAAGUAAGAAUCGGGAAAGAAGAUUGCUAAUGGAACGUGAAGAACAAGAUUUAAACAAUGAAAUUAUGAGGGAAGAAGAUGCAGGUGAACAAGACGGGACUGAAGGACAACAGGAAUUAGAAGAAGAAGAUGACAUGCAAUAUGAUGACGAUGAUGAUCAGGAAAUAUGA